AUGGCGCGCCCCUUGCGCUGCGGCGGCGGUGGCAGCAGGCGCAGCAAGACGUGCUGGAUGUGCAGCUGCGGUGGUUGGAACUGGGACUGGCGCACCACGUGCCUCGGCUGCGGCUACGCGGCACCACCGUGGGUGCUGGAUGCCGCUGCUGCCAGGGCCAGGCCCCAGGCGGACCAGGACGGCUGGGUGGACCAGCCGCGAGCGCGCCGUGCCCAGAGGCAGGCCCGCGGUGCGGCUGCGAGCGCGGCAUCCACCGAGUCGCAGACCUCGCUGGGGGCCAAGCGCGCCGAGCUGGGCGCGGCCCAGCGGGCAGCAGCAGAGCAGAAGGCGCCCUCCCUGCCGCGGUCAACGCUGCUCCAGAACGCCAUCAGCAAGGGAGAGAGGCGGCUCCGCGCCGCGCGCCAGAGCCUGGAGCAGAAACAGGCGGCGCGCGACCUCGCCGAGGCCCAGCUCCAGAAGGCCCAGCAGGAGCUGGCGCAGCUCGACGCAGAGUUGGAGGAGGCAUCCCGUGCUUUCCGCGCCCUUCAGGAGGACGCCCGUGCGGAGGCCCCGGCGCAGCGGCGGCAGCGGGCAGCGGAAUGGGCAGGGUCCAGCGAGGUCCCUGGGCUCUUCGUGCAGCUGGACAAACUGCCCGAGGUGGAGGCCGUGCGCACGCUGCUCGCCCAAGUCAGCAGCGAGGACGGCACCCACGCAGGAGCGACCGGGCCCUGGCAGCCGCAGCGCGCCGCGGAGCGCGGCCAGGCAGAGCGCCGCGGAGACGCCCGCGGCGAGAGGCCGAAGGUCGCCCAGGCGUUCAAGCGGGAGCUGGUGGCCGAGGCGCCCGGCCAAGCGACAACGGCAGCUCUGGAUGUCCGGCGCGGGCUCGAGGUGCUCGGGGUCAACGGCAACACGUGGAGGAGGAGCCUGGAGGUCAUCGAGGCCUUCGCCUCUCGGCACGGCGCCCUGCCGCACCUGGUAAUGCUCCAGGAGGCCCGCCUGGCCCUGCACCGCCUGGAGGAAGCCAGAAGCGCAGCGCACCGCAUGGGAUAUGCGGCUUUCCUCCACGCGGCAGCGCCCACGGACAAGGAAGGCCCGCUCGCGAACUCAGGCGGCGCGGCGACCCUGGUGCGCAGCGACCUGCAGGCAGCGGAGAGUGCGUGGAUGGCGCCGAGUGACUUGAGGCAUCGCAUGAUUGGGGUCACGAUCACCACAGCGUCAGGGCUGCAGUUCCUGGCGUGCUCGCUGCAUCUGCAGGACGCCCUGGGGCCCAAGGGCAUCAACCUCGACAUCUUCGCGGCCUUCGGCGACACGGUGCUUUCCGAAGGCACGCCCUGGCUCGCGCAGGGCGACUUCAACAUGGAGCCAGGCACGCUGCACGAGUUGGGCUGGCCUCGGGUGCAGCGCGGCACGUACCUGGGGCCUGCCGAGUGCACAUGCGUGGCCCAAGGUGAUGAGCAUGUGUACGACUGGUUCGUGGGCUCCUUCUGCCUGGCCCAUGGCGUCAGAGAGGCCUCAGUUCUGGAUGGCUUUGGGCUGUGCCCCCACAAGCCUGUGAGGCUGCUGCUGCAGGACGUGAGACCCGACGCCCUGGUGCAGGUGCUGGUACGUACACCGCCGCUUGGGGCGCACCCGUUGGCAAGUGGAGCCCUGCAGCUGGACCUGGGAGGUUCCUGGGAGGUUGGCUCCCAGCCGAGCGACGCCUGCGAGGCCGCUCGGCAGUGGAUCCAAGUCGUUGAGAGCACCGUAGUGGGGAUCCACGGCAUCGGCGACGGCGACCUGCCCAGGUACCUGGGCCGGUCUGCAGGGCCCAGGGUUGUCCUCAAGCCCCUCAGCGCCGUGGUCAAGCGCGAGUACCGCCACCGGCACUCGGCCCUCACCCACGCCAUCCGCCAGGCCCUCGACGUCCCUCUCCAGAGGGUCACCGCGGACAAGACGAAGCGGUGGCAGCCCGCGCACGAGGCCUGGUACGAGCGGCAGGUCGAGCGGGUCCUCGCCGAUGUGGAGGCUGCCACGGUCGCAGGCUGCGAGGAGGACGAAGUCGAAGCCCUCGAGAUCGACACUAGUGAGUGGGGCGACCUCGUUAGCCAAGCUGGCCUUCAUGGAGACGCAGAG